GAAAAUUUUUAACUUCAAAUGAAGCUAUGAAUAAAUGAAAUUUAAAUUCAAUCUAUUUAUUAUUUUACCAAAUAAAAUUGGCAAGCCCAAUUUAAAGCUUAAAUGAAAUAGUGAGAGGGCGUGACUUGGAUUUACCAACCGCGCUAAGAAUAGGGGAGGAAAUGGAUGGACAGGAAUCUGGAUAGUGGGGGAAAUCCGUCAAGCACUGGAAAAGGAAGUCGUUUUCCCGGCGGCUGCAAAGAAAUUCCUAGAGAGAGCAAAAGCAGAAACGGAGAGGAAAGGACUCUAAACUUCCUCCCGAGUUCGGCCCCCAAACGUUGGAAAUUCAGACGUCUUUUUCCUUCUUCCCCUUCUUCUUCAACUACGCUUUCCGCUGUGUUCCGAAACGCGGCAUCGGUAAACGCUUUGAAUUUCAUUUUCCCUGAUAUUUAAUUCGUACUUCCUCUCUUCCUCUAAACUUUCAAACGACAACCACGAGAAGAACGGUAAGAGAGAGAUAGAGAGAGACAGAGGUUUUCCUUUGUGGAGUUGAAGCUGCGGAGGUUUCGGUUUUUAGGAGAGACUUGUGCUGCUUCUUCUGAAUUAUUGGAUCUGGUUUGAGAGAGAAAGAGAGGGUUGUGGGCUUUCUUUGGGAACAAUCGGAGACGGUAGGCCUCUGUUGUGGGAAACUUUUGUCUCCUUUCUGGGUCAGAUUAAUUUCAAGCUAAUUGCGGUAAUCGGGCCUAUGGCUUCGGCUGCUAUAUUCUCGUCUCUAAGAAGGAGGAGGUCGCCGUCGCCGGACGCAUUUCUCGCGCCGGUGGACCUCAGCGAUAUCGCUCUUGUACAGACGCUCGCUGCUCUCUCGGCGGAGUUAAUUUCGUCGUAUUCGGAUAAAUCGUUUCCGUUUCAACGCAAGAAUUCUCGUUCGCUGAUUCGAAAGAUUGAGGUAUUUGCGGUGUUGCUGGAGUUCUUACGAGAUUCGGGUUCGAGUCUGCCCUCAACAGCGAUUCUCUGCUUCAAAGAGCUUUAUUUGAUUCUUUAUCGUUCCAAGAUGCUUCUUGAUUAUUGCACGCAGUCGAGUCGGGUAUGGCUUUUGCUUCAGAACCAUUCCAUUUCUGGGCAUUUCCAUGACCUGAACCAGGAGAUAUCGACGCUUUUGGAUGUGUUACCGUUGAAGGAGUUCGAUUUGGGCGAUGAUAUUAGGGAGCAGAUUGAACUUUUGCAGAAGCAAUCGAGACGAACCAGGCUGUUCGUUGACAAACGCGAUGAAGCAUUGAGGUUGAAGUUCUUUUGGUUUCUUGAUGAAUUGGAGAAAGGGCAGAUUCCUAGCCCUGUUGAGUUGCGGUCUUCUUUCGUGGAGGGGUUGGGGAUUCGCGACGCAAAGAGCUGCCGAAGUGAAAUCGAGUUCUUGGAAGAGCAGAUUGGUAAUCAAGAGGGGGGUUUAGAGCCGACGGCUUCUGUGCUUAAUGGGUUUGUGGCGCUCACUCGGUAUUGCAGGUUCUUCCUUUUUGGGUUCGAGGAGGAUGUAUUGGAAUUGUGUUUCGGGAAUCAGAAAAGGUUGAGGAAGGGUUUGAUUGCUCAAGAAAUUGCGGACACCUUCAUCACGAUUCCGAGGGACUUUUGCUGCCCAAUAUCUCUGGAUUUGAUGCGAGACCCUGUGAUAAUUUGUACAGGACAGACAUAUGAUCGAAGUUCAAUAUCCAGAUGGAUGGAAGAAGGCCAUUGUACUUGCCCCAAAACCGGGCAAUUGCUGUUUCAUACGCGUCUUGUUCCGAAUCGAGCUCUUAGGAAUUUGAUCAUGCACUGGUGCACUGCUCAUGGAAUCCCUUUUGAUCCAUCCGAGUGUGUGGAUACUUCCUCAGAAGCUUUUGCGGCAACUUCUGCAACUAAGGCUGCCAUUGAAGCCAAUAAAGCCACAGCUGCACUGCUUAUUAAACAACUAGCAAGUGGGUCACAGGGUGCGAAAACUGUGGCUGCUCGGGAAAUUCGUUUGUUAGCAAAAACAGGGAAAGAAAAUCGUGCUUACAUAGCGGAAGCUGGUGCAAUCCCACAUCUGAAGGCACUGCUCUUAUCUGCGAACUCCAUUGCACAAGAGAAUUCUGUGACUGCAAUGCUUAACUUAUCCAUUUAUGACAAGAACAAGAGCCGAAUUAUGGAGGAACAAGAGUGUUUGGAGUCCAUAGUUUGGGUUUUGAGGCAUGGAAACACAACGGAAGCGAGGGAAAAUGCUGCUGCUACGCUGUUUAGCCUCUCUGCAGUUCAUGAUUACAAGAGAAAAAUAGCAGAUGAGGAGGGGGCAGUUGAAGCUCUUGCAGGGCUGUUGAAAGAGGGGACACCCAGAGGGAAGAAGGAUGCAGUGACUGCUCUAUUCAAUCUGUCGACUCAUGCGGAUAAUUGUUCGAGAAUGAUAGAGGCGGGUGCAGUUGCAGCUCUGAUAGAGUCUUUGGGAAUUGAAGGGGUUGCAGAGGAAGCAGCAGGUGCACUGGGCUUGAUAGUUAGGCAGCCGGUUGGGGCUGAAGCAGUGGGCGAGGAGGAAAUGGCAGUGGCGGGGUUGAUUGGAAUGAUGCGGUGCGGGACUCCAAGGGGUAAAGAAAACGCCGUUGUUGCAUUGCUUGAGCUUUGCCGGAGCGGUGGGCCGGCUGCAACCGAGAGGGUGGUGAGUGCACCGGCAUUGGCUGGUUUGCUUCAGACCCUGCUAUAUACGGGGACCAAGCGGGCAAGGCGAAAGGCAGCAUCGCUGGCUAGAGUUUUCCAGAGGUGUGAAAAUGCAGCUAUGCGUUUUGGUGGACUGGGAGUUGGCUACGCAUUCCCCAGCAACUCAGCUGCAAGUAGAGAGUCAGGUUUCAAUGGUGAUGUAUCAGUGCCAAUGUCCAUUUCUGUGCCUGUUUUAUAGUGGUGUUUCUAUUGCACCCUUUGUGUUGUUGGCUUCCCCCAUUUGUUUAUGUUCCCAUUUUUGUUUGAAACAUUUCACAUAUUCUUUCAUUGGGGUGUGAAGGGAAGGAGGAAAUGAAAUUAUAGAAAUACAACAUUUGAUGUAAUUGGAAAGAA